UUUUCAGAUUUUCGUCAAGAUAUGGAGCCAUUCCAAGAUAAGAUUAAUGCUUUAAAGAGAUUAAAUAUUCUCAAGGAACACCUGACCGCUGCCAAGACAAGAAGUGAAGUCUACCAGGAUGUUGACACGUCAGAGAUUAUCAAUGAAGAAUUUACAAAAUCUAUCUCUCAUUUGGACAGAAAGCAUCAGGAAAACAUCCUCAAAGCUAGGAACAAGUUCUUAGAAUAUCAGAAGAUGAUCAAGAAGCCUGGCUGGAAGCUGGAAAAGGAGAUUAAGUACAAAAGCAGUACUGGCAAGCUCUGGAGCAACAUUGACAAGAAAACAGGGCUCAAUGGUAUACUUAGGAAAAUUGAAAUUGAUGUUCCCCAUCAACCAGCUUGUGACUUCUUUAAAGAUGAAAUUAAAUUCGCUAAGCUUAAUGACAACUUGAAAGAGACGAAGAUAGUAGAGGACCUCAAGAACGACUCUUCAUAUGUGUACCAUUGCUUCAAAGGAAAUCUUGUAGUUUCUGAUAGAGAUUUUUCCUUGUUUAAGCACUGAUUUACACUACCAGAUAAAAGAUUCGCUAUUGUGAGUUUCUCUGUCGUCCACCCUAAGAUGCCUGAGAGAAGAAAGAAGGUGAGGGCCCAUGCAGACCUCUCUGUCUACAUAAUCACUAAAAUCGCGGAGAACAAGAUCCUUGUUGAAACUAUCCAAAAUGGGGAUCCUAAGGGAAUCAUCCCUACAGCCCUGGUGAACAACAGAGCUACAAAACAGCUUGAUGCUCUUGAUCAGAUCAAAAGACAUCUUGAGAAGACAAUUAGCAGAUAAAUAAUGUUAGGAUUUUAACCAAUAGGUAUUAUAGGAGUGCU